UGUAUUAAAUUUUUAAAUGCGUACUUCUGAUAUUUCUUCCUCGGAACCGGACGACCCAGACAAGUACAUUUGGUCGGGUUCGUCGUACUCCUCGUCCUGGGAUUCAGACUCAAAGACAGCUUGCAAUCUUUUGUCAAUGCAAUUUAUAUCCGAGGACUGGACGGGUGUCGGGGGCGUGAACGAGGGGCCGGCUGACGACGGUGUAGCCGUGGCGUUUCCACCGCUCGAUGUAAUGGGUAUUUGUUCCAUGACGACGUUUAUUCGGCUCCUGUUGGAAGGCCGACGGUCGCCUUUUUUCUUUAAUUUACCGAUUUUUGCGUGCGAUUGUACAAAGCUACGUAAUCCCGUAAACGGCGCACUAUAUCGCACACAACUACCACUUGCACAGCAAUGACCCGUGCGCGACCGCGAUAUCAAUGGUCCAUCCCGAGUAUCAGUGCGAUAAUUAUUUUUAUUGGCCACAAAAAGUCAGGACAGUUUACAAUGCGCGAAGUGCCAGUUGUAGCUUGACGUGCGUGUAUACGGUUAUUUUUCGAGGGGGUUACUAGCGAAUUUAUGUCUGCGUUUUUUCACAAUGAAUUAUCAAAAACGAGUGCGGAUUGCGGAAAAUAGUUCGCCAUGUCUACGCUAGUGCCCCCCUCUUCACCCGAAACUUAUGUAUUAUAAUCACCGGUAGUAGCUCCAUCUCUCCGAAUGAAUCGUCGCUAGAUAAUAAUCACCGGUAAGCGUGGAGAGUAAUUGUUGUAAGCUCAUUCCAGUCCUCAGUGGCUCAGUCGUUAUUUUUCCAAGCACGGCAAAACAAGUAAUUCUUUUAAAGAAUAAUACUAUUAAUUUUAACAACUUUUAUAGAUUUCGUAAUUUAAAUAAAAUAUUUCAUAUUUUAAUUUCAACUUGUGUUAUAUAGUUAUACAUAAUAUCGUUCUACACAUCUUGUGUUCCUUCCUAUCUAUUUAUAUGUUACAAUGUUAACUAACGACACUGACAAGAAUUCAAAUUUUAAUCCUGAUAAAAAUUCAAAUUUACAUCAUGAGAAAGAUACAAACAUAAAUAAUAUAUUAAUUAAUUUUGAACAACAAUUUCAUCAGUUGCUAUUGGAAUCUAAAUCGAAUGAAGUAUGUACAUACCUAUACAAUAAUAAUAAUUAAAGAUUUGGUAAUUAAAUUACAUUUAUUAUAAAGCUCUGAUUUUGUUAAACAUAUAAUAUAGGUAUGUAAAAUGUUAAAAUUCUAUUUCAAAUAAUAGGUAUUAUUUGAAGAAAACCCAUGUCAAAGCAUAUCGUAACAUACCAAAUCAUGAUUCAUUGACAUAAAUAUAUCUAAUUUCACAAAUAUAGUAUGUCAUAAAUUUCUUAAGAGUUAAGCCUUUUAUCUGUGAUUCUAUGUGUAUAAGGAUCUCAUAAUUUACAUAUAUAUACAUAAUUUAUUUAGUUUGCUCUAUCUAUCUUGGGUGUAAUAUACUAAGAAAUACAAUCCGUUCUUCCAUGAUUUUGACUCUUGUUGAGUUUAUUAGGGUAAAAUGCACUAUUAUACAUUUUAUGAAGAAAAGAAUUUACUAUGUCUUAGCUUAAUAAUUUUUCAAAAAUUAAAUUUCCUAAUAAAUUAUGAUAAAAAUCAAUUUAAAUUAAAACUCCCAUUUUUCAUAACAAAAAUGAAAUCAUUUCACCUAAACCUUCUAAAUACAAUUCUUUAUUAAAAGUAUGACAGGUUACUUGCUUUAAACUUAAUCAGAGUAUCAACGUUGAAGUACGGAAUGUAUUUAUCAUGCGCGAAACAAAAAACAAAUUAUGCAUAGAGGCUCUUUAAUCGUAGAUAAACAGCUGCUGAUGAUUUCACGAGUAGUUGCCUAUAUGCCCCUUAAAAUAUAUGUAUUUCUCAAUACUAUUAUAUAAGGUGCUAAAUAGGUAAGUUUUUGAUCUUUAAUAUAGAGUCAACUUAAUCAAGGGAUUCUCUAUAGUCAACCUUCCUGGAAACUUAAGGCUUUUAGUUAUUAAUAUAUUAUUAUGUGCAAAUGCAUUGUCUCCAAUAUUCUUAUCCUUAUAUUUAAUAGGCAAUUCAUAAGAAUAAGUACAUGUUACAAAUGUAAAGUUUUUAAUGUUGAACAACAUUAUAAAUAUAUUAUGAAGUGGAAAUCUGCCCAACAACUGAGCCCAUAAUUAUAUGGACUGAUGCACAUAAACAUCCAUAACAUAAUUUUCAAGGGAGGUACAAAGUGGAACCAGAUUUCCAAGCACUUGUAUAAACACUAAUAUACAGGGUGAUUUUUUAAUCAUGAACCAGCAAUUAUCUCUGAGGAUUUUAAGUGAGUUUGAUUUCUGUUUUUUCUAAUCAUCAUUAAAUUGUUUAAGCUUCAAAUUCAGAUUCACUUAAAAUCCUCUGAGAUAAUUGCUGGUUCGUGAUUUAAAAAACACUUUAUAGUUAGAUAUAUGAAUAUAAUAAUUCAAUACCUGUAUAAAAAGUUUGAUUAUGUUAUAGAGUUAUAAUUGAUCUAUUAUAAAAUGGUGAAUUAAUAAUUAUCUAGGUUGAACUUUUUAUAUUUUCCUAGGGGGACUGUGUCUCCAUUCUGCUCAUCCCUCAAUAGACGCCCAUGAGGCUAUGUAUGUUCAUACUAUCUCUAUGCAUGUAUCAGAAUAGUUUUAAGUGUCAGUACUUCAAACAAAAAUAUUAUUUUGCAUCAUAUUGAUUUGAAGGGUUGAAGUAUAAUGAAGUUUUAUUAUUACAAUCUCACCCCUUGUAAAAUGUAAAGGACAGUAAAUAUUACCUGAUAUAGACGACAGGUGUCUUGUACUCUUCUAACCUAACCUAUUAUUAGGGCUGACCUUGAAUUGAAUUCUAGCAUAUUCUAACAAGAAUACAAGUUGGGCCCUAUUCAUUUUGGCAUAUUUUAUCUUUUAUAUUAAUAAUGUUAGUCCAGCUUAUUAAGAGUUGCAUAGUAAACACCACUUGGAAGUCAAGUCUCCCAACAAUUUUGUUUCGUGUUACUUUACUCUUAUAAAAUUAUACAAAUAUUGAAAUUAUUAUUACAAAUUUAAUAUAUUAAUAUUAAUAUUAUUACCACAGACCCAACUCGAAUAUUUCCAUUAUUAGGUACAUUUUUGUUAUUUAUAUACUUGCUUGAGCACCAAUAUUUUUAACCUUUAAAAUUAUUUAGAUACUUAUUCAAAAUAUUUAUCGGUACGAUUUGUAGAAGCACAUUACUAAUAAUUUUAAGUAAGUGUCUACUUCACUAUUAUAAGGAUAAGACAAAUAAAAAUUUGUCAAUUUUCCUAUAGCAUGUUAGUCUAUAAGUACAGUUAACAGUUAGCCCAAAAUAUAUAUUGAUACUGCCGUCAUAAAAUAAAUGUUAUUCUAUAAUCUGUAAUGGUUAUAUUACAAUAUAUAUUUUACAGAUUUUUAGAUUUGGAGGGUAUUGAGGGGUCUAUUAGUUUUACUGGAUUUUUUUUUUGUAUUUAAACAACUUUUCUACCAGAAAUCUUGCUCUGAUGUAUUAAGUGUAGCACCUUUUCUAGAAUGGAAAUUUUAUUCAUUUGGCAAGGUCAUUUUUUCAAUUUUCCAAUAGGUUUUCUUAAUUAAGAAAAACUAAAAAAACAUUAUUGAAAAAAUGACAAAUAUUUACAGUGCUCCAUUACGUUACCAAUUUGUUUUUAAUUUUUACAAACUAUGUUUUCUACCAAAAACACUACUACAAUAGAAAACAACAAAAGACCUGGUUUGUUACAUUUUCAAUCCAAUAUGUGAGUAAGAAAGUUGUUUUUUAAUUUUCUCUGUAAUUCUUUUAAUAAAGCAUAACUGAAAAAAACAUAUACAGAACAAAAAAAUGUUAUGAAAAUAAUGCUUAUAUUAUUUGCAAUUGUUUUUUUGGUUGUAAUUCAUUUAAAUAUGUUUAUAAACUUGGCAUUUUAACGCAAAACUUAUAUUUGCCUUUUCUAAACAUAGUGAAACUUUUAAAACGAGCUAAUUAUAAGACUUCAGUUUUAUAAUUUUAUGAUGUUUUUACAUAAUUUUUAUUUAAUAGGUACUCUGUAAGUAAAAUUCUAAAAUUAAACAAGAAUUCUUGAAAAUUUAUUAGGAAAUUCAUUACAAGUUUAACUUAGUGGUUAAAUAAAAAAAAUGAGUAAUGUAGUUUUUUUUUAUACAAAUUUUAAUAUUAAUUUUUGAGAAAAAUCAUAAAUAUAAUCACAUUUUAAAAUAUACAUAAUCAAACAACAAAUUUUUUUUCAGUAACAAUGGUUUAUCAUUGCUUACAGAUAUAAAUUAAAUAACUUAAUGUACCUAACCUUCCCAACUUUAACGGUGGCACACCUGUCCCCAGUAUUGGCUUUUUUAUUUAUGAAUUGUUUUUUUUUUUUAGUUUUUUUCUUGAGGUGUUACCAUGGUUGUAGACUAGGCACACUAUUCUCCAUUAUUGCAAACACUAGUUCAAAUUUUGGUUAUUAUACAAAAUACAUGAAAUUAGAAAUAUUUAAAAUUAAUAUUAGACUAAAAGACAUAGUGAGGUAAUUGACUAUUAUUUAUUAAUAAUAAUAUUAUGUUAAAUUUUCAGUUCAUUAUAAAAACUACUCAAGAAAAUUUAAAUAAUUGUUUAAAACAAAAUCUUUUAUUAAAACAUGAAGUAGAAACAGAACGUCUUAAAAAAUCAAUGAUAAAAAUGGAGUUGGAAACUUUAACUACAAUGUUACGGAAAUGCAAUUAUAAAAACAAUAGUGAACUCAAUGUAAAAGUAUUAAUGCAUGAGCGUGAACAUUUGACAAACAAAAUAUACCAACUUAAAGUACUUAAAGUAUUAUAUACAUGCAAUAUAUUAAAAAGCAAUCAAUGGUUAUGUUUAUGGUUUAUCAGUGUUGAUUAAGAUUUCAAUUCAUAUGUUAGUAAUAUUAUUUUCAGAUAGAAAAUAUAGAAUUAAAACAAGCACUAACAAAAUCAAACAACCAAAUUCAAUCGUUAACAGAAAAACAACAUGAAUGUACUGAAAAAAUAAAUUUAGUAACUCCCAUACUAAAUUCUCUCCAAUUGUAAAUAUUUGAUUUUUAUAAUUUAUAUUAAAUAUUAUAGUAAUUAAAUAUUCUUAAAUAUAGGCAAAUUAAUAAACAAAAAAAAGAUUCAGACACAUUAAUAAACUUAUUGUGUGUCAGCAAGAAUUUAGCCCGAAAAAUUUUAAGUGCCCUUGAAUACACUAGAAAAUCAAAUAAAAUACAAUCUGAUCAUAUUCAAAAUUUAAUAAAAGAAGUAGCAAGUAUUAAAAGUAAUUUAAAUACAUAUAAUUAUAAUAUACAAACAUUAUUUGAACAUGUAACCAAUUUAUAUAAUCAAUGGCUCGCAUCUAUAUGUUCCGGUAUUGUGAGCGUAAUACUUAUUUGUUGGUUGGGUGGCACAAUUAAAAAAAAAAAAAAAUCAAUAUUCAUGUUUAUAAUAGUAUAAUGAUUGUUAUACAUUUUUUAAUCGAUUUGUAUAUACAUGCAAUAUAUUUUAAAAUUGGCUUUGAUGCCACUGUAUAUUAUAUAUGUUCAAGGUCAAAUUCAUAUAUUUAUUGAUCAAAAUGAAAAACAGCAGUCAAUGAACACCAAUCAACAAAAUUUGAUUUCAUCUACUCGGAUACAUUCAGAAAUUUAUAUGAAAAUAGUUGAAAUUCUUGAAAUUGAAAAUAGUACAUUGCACAAAAGUGUUCAAUUUUUAAAUAAAGGGAAACUUAAAGAUGAUAUUGAUAAAUAAAUAGUCAUUUUCAUAAUUAAAUUAAUUAUUUUAUAAUACAUAAGCAAUUUAUAUUAAAUUAAUAAAAUUAAUUGUACAUAGGUACAAAGGAUACAGUAUUCAAUCAAAAUAUUGUUUAAUUAAAAAUAUCUGAUCUGUAUAUUUCAUUUUAAAAACAAAUUGUUUCUUUUUUACAGAUAAGUAUACAAAAAUAAAAUUAUAUCAAAUUUUAAUCAAUUUCCCUAAAAAUGAGUACAUUGACAAAAAAUAAUAAAUAUCUACAUUCUACGUCAUAUUAUUUAUUAUAUUACAUCACCAACCAUUUAUAGUUUAUACCCUUGAAUUCAUAAAUAAAUAAUUUAAAAUUUCAUCACCUGUAAUGGAACAGUUUUAUACUUUUUUAAUACUCUUUCAAGCGAUUCACUAGAUUUAAGGCCAAAUACUUCCAAACACUGUCUAUCCAUCAAUCCUAUAGUUCCUCCAGAUACAGACUGCAGGAAUUUCCAAUAUGAUGGUCUCAGAUUAUGUGGUUCAAGUAUAGCUGCAUGAAAUAAAAUAGCUGUAGAAAAACAAUAAAAAAAUAUGUUUGCUUGAGGUAAAUCUGGAAAAAUUCCAUCACUAGAACCUUUCGUAUACAUAAUCUGAAAACAAUUUGAAUAAUUAUAUAUUUAAGAUUAAUCUUUAUGAAAAAAAAUUAUAAUUAUAGUAUAAAUAAAUGAUACCUGUAAAGUUUUUAGCAUAACAUACAAAGCAAUUGUAUUAUUUCGAUACAAGCAAAAUGUUAGACUAGCUAAAGAUCCUGCUGGAAUACAUAUGUACUUUGAAUCUUUACCCAAAAAUCUUCUCAUUAAACAUGAUACUAACUAAAUCAUAAAGAAUAUCAAUACAGAGUAAUAAAAUAUAUUUAUUAUAAUAAAAAUACUUUAUAAAUAGUAGAGAAUCCUCCAAGAAAUGCUCCUAAACUAAAUGUACUUGGUGAUAUCAUUAGUUUUAAAAUAUAAGUUGGUUUUCGUAUAAUUUUAUUAGCUUGUAAUAACGACUUUAAACAUAAUUGCAGUGUAUAACCAACUAAAAAUAAUCUUGUUCCAGACUAAAAAAAAUAAUA